AUGGGUGCAGGCACACAUGAGACAGAACAAACUCAUUUGCAUCCAAUGGAUGUUCAGAUGGCAGUAUUUCACUGCUCAGACAGCUUCCUUAAACAGAUGAUGAUUACAAAGCUGUCUCAGUGUCAGUAUGCCUUACCAUUGCUUGUCCCUGACCCAGUCACAAUGGAGAUCGAGUGUCCUCUGUGGACUUUCAAACAAAUAACAAAAACCUGGAAGGUAACUGAAGACGGCUCAAACAUCGUCACAAUGAAGAGUGUUCCAGUGUGCAAAGCUCAGACACCCUUGGUGUCAUUUUUCCGCCUGGGUUCUCUGUCAGUGUCUAAAUCUCAGCUGAUGAACACUUUGAUCAACGACCGUCACAGCACCUUCUUCCACAGAAACUGUCCAGGAAGCACCAAGUCUCGUUAUCUGAUGGAUGGUGUGGCAGAGAUUGCCUGGUACUGUCCUGCUGGAAAACCCAAUGAUGCCUUCAAUGACUGCAUUGCUUUUUGUAAUCUUCAUGGUUAUGCUCUGUUGACUGAAAAACGGCGCGACAUACUGAUUGAAAAAUCUUCCAUCAAUAUUAUUCUUUUUGCUUCUCUGCAAAAGCAUGAAGAAAGUCAAUCAUUUAUAUCAGGUCUUUUUAAAUCUCGCAAACCUCUCAUUUGUCUCUGUGUUGAUGACUGUGAUGUUGUAAAGACAACAACUGGACAAUACAUCAUAGGUCUCAAGGACAGAAGCCAGUCAGAUGUAUCUGAAGAACUGAAACAAAUCAUUAGAGAAGUUUUAUCUGUAGAUGGAUCCAGCUUGAAACCAUCUUUCCAGCUUGAAAUGAUGGCUGAGGUCUCUGGAAUCAGAGUGGAUGAAAGCGUCCCAGCCUGUCAAAGAGGGAAAUCUGCUGCUAUGAUAAUAAUGGAUUUGAUUAAAAAGAAUAACAUGGAUGUCUCAAAGCUGAAAGAUGAAUUCCUUCCUUAUCGAGGUGAUCUGUGGCAUCAGUGGAGCAAAAUACACAAAGAACUGUAUCAUCUCAGAGGAGACAUCGAAAAUGAGAAAUGUAAAAAGCAACAACAACUGAUGAACAUACGCCAGAAACAAUGCGCUGCUUCCUGCAGUAAACUGAUGGAGUUGUUCAUUGAAAGUCUCUCAUCUUUGCCACUGACAGACAAACAGUAUUUUCUGAAAUGGAUUCAGAUAUUAAUAGAUGAUCUCUCCACAGAUGAGCUUUCCUCAGUUCUCCAAAGUUAUGAUAAAAAAUGGUCUGAGGUCUUGGCUUUAAAGAACAAAUGCAAUAAAUCAGAUGUGUUAUCAAUAAAACAAACUGAGCUUGAAGAAAUUUCCAGAAAACUGCAGUCUGCAACUUUUGGUUUGGAGCACAUUUUCAGAGAAAUGGGACAGAUCUAUGAAGCUCAUAGAGCAAUAGAAGGAGAGAGCAGACACACUGACUGGUCUAAAUACCCUGAGCUGGCUGCACAGCUGAUGAUAUCAGGACACCCGAUGGAGCUGAUGGAUGGUGAUGCAGGUCACGUGCCUUUAACAUGGAUCUCCAGUCUUUUAGAGGAAGUCAUCAAGAAACUGGGGGACCAGACAGUUUUUGUGUUGUCAGUUUUGGGCGUACAAAGCAGUGGAAAAUCGACAAUGCUGAACACCAUGUUUGGGUUGCAGUUUGCAGUGAGUGCAGGCAGGUGCACCAAAGGUGUCUUCAUGCAGAUGCUCAAAGUAUCAGAGGAGAUGAAGAAAGACUUGAAGUUUGACUAUCUUCUAGUGGUGGACACUGAAGGACUACGUGCUCUUGAGCUGGAAGGUAACACCACUCUUCACCAUGACAACGAACUGGCAACAUUUGUUGUUGGUCUGGGAAACCUGACACUGAUCAACAUCUUUGGAGAGAAUCCAUCUGAGAUGCAGGACAUCCUGCAGAUUGUUGUUCAGGCUUUUAUGAGGAUGAAGAAAGUUAACCUUUCUCCCAGUUGUGUGUUUGUUCACCAGAAUGUUACAGAUGUCGCAGCAGCAGAGAAAAACAUGGAUGGAAAGAGACGCCUGCUAGAAAAACUGGACCAGAUGACCAAACUAGCAGCUGAAGAGGAGUUUUCCAGUGCAGAGUGCUUCAGUGACAUCAUUGAGUUUGAUGUCCAAAAAGAUGUGAAAUACUGUGCCCAGCUAUGGGAGGGCAGUCCACCCAUGGCUCCUCCUAAUCCAGGUUAUAGUGAGAGCAUCCAAGAAGUGAAGAACACCAUCCUCUCUAAAGCUUCAAAGUCUGCUGGGAUCACUCUCACACAAUUCAAAAACAAAGUCCAGGACCUGUGGAGUGCCCUCCUCAAUGAAAACUUUGUUUUCAGUUUUAAAAACACACUUGAAAUUGCAGCAUACAGAAAACUGGAGUCCCAGUACGCAAACUGGACCUGGGCCCUGAGGAGCAACAUGUUGACCAUUGAAAACCAACUUCAUAACAAAAUUGAAAAUGGAAAUCUUGACAAGGUCGAAGCAAACUAUCUUAAAAAAGAAUCACAUGAAACACAUGAAACAAUCCAAACGGAAAUGACAACAUACUUUGAGGAGGACAAAGACAAAGAAAUCUUGGCUCAAUGGAGAGGCCGAUUUGAAACCAAAAUUAAAGACUUUUGUGAUGAACAGGAGAGCAUAGUGAAAAGAAAACUGGAUGAAGUUAUUCAACAGAAGAAAGCUCGUGAAAAGCUGGAUGAUGAGAAGAAGGAGUUUGAGGACAAGCUGCUACAGAAGAGCAAAGAGCUCGCUCAGCAGCUGAAGGAUAAGGCCAAUGACGAAGAAGAGCUAAACCAACAGUUCAGCUCUGUUUGGAGUGACUGGGUCACUGAAUUGACAGCAGAUACUAAACCUGUUGAAGACAUCAACUUGAAAGAAGAUCAGUUUAUUAUCCUUAAAGAACUUGGUUUUGAAGAGACUCUGAUAAAUGAACGCAAACAAAAUGGCAGAUACAAGGAUAUGUCAAGGCUUGGAGAUUAUACAGAUUAUGUCAUCCUUCCAAAGAAAGGAAAUCUCUCUGACACAAGUGAAUCAACUCAAGAUAUUGAGGAGGAUAACAAUCACACAAGUAGACCAGAAGAACAUGUUUCAGGACCUGUCAGAAAUGCUUGGGAAUAUAUAAAAAAAACAUUUAGAUACAAUUCAAAAACAAAAAAAAACCAACAUAAAUCACACAGUGCUUUAUCCUGGAAUGAACAGCAAGAGAUCAGACUGCUUAUUGACAAAGCUGACAAACAGUCACUUGUUGCAAUUAAAGACAAACCUGUGGCUACAAGAGGCUACACACAAACUCACUUGCACGAGGUGGCCAAAAACGUAAAAGAAGAAGUGAAGAAUUUCCCAAUGAUAUAUAAUUUGAAAAAGGAGUUUACAGUCGAUCUCAUACUGUAUGUGUUUGACAGAGCAGAGAGUUGGCUUCUAGACUCCCAGAAGAAAUUUAAAAUGAACACAGAUGCACUGACUUAUUUAGAAAGCAAGAAAACACAGUUUUACACAGUCUUUAGAAGCUUUUGCAAAGAAAGCUCAUCUGCUGUUGUGCUUGCAGAAUUGAUCUGUGAAAGGUUGAAAGCUUCCACUGUUGAGGCUGUCUGUAACAAGACUGCCAUUGGUCUGGCUGGAGAGAUGAGGUGUAAUUUCCCAGCAUUCAAUGGGAACAGGCUGAACUUGGAGAAACAUGUGCUGAAGUCACUCGCUGAGAAUGAAAACUUUAAUGAUUUCAUCACCUACAUCAGAAAUCCAAGGAGACAAACAGAAGCUUUUAUAAAAGCAGAAGUAGAGAAAUACAUCUUCAUAGAUCACAGAGAUAAAACUGUGAAUAUACUCAAGAAAAAUGUUGAUGAUGUCAACUCACUGAUGAGUCAAGCUUUAUCUACAGCAACACAGAAUGUCCAAAGUCAGGGAGGAGACAUAAAGAUGUGGCUGAAGGAAUUUUCUAGUUUGCUAAAAGAUGAGUUAACUCUUCAUACCAUUUCUUCUCAAAACUUCAGUGACAUCAAUGAUUUUGAGUUUCUGAAGGAAGAGAUAAAGAAAAGACUCGAUUCCAUCAUUGAGCAAACUAGCAGCCUCUCUUUGGGGAAACUGAAGGAAUCCAGGUUAAAACCUGAUGAAAUCCUCAUUGAUCAGCUGUGUAAGUGCUGCUGGGUAACGUGUCCCUUCUGUGCAGCUGUUUGUACCAACACCAUUGAAGGUCACAGUCCUGAUGACCACAGCGUCCCUUUUCAUCGACUCUCUGGAAUCAAAGGAUGGCACAAAAGAGGCACAGUGGAAUUCAGCGUCAAUUUUUGCACAACAAAUGUUGCAAGUGAUGGCAGAUUUUAUCCUCAUCAUAAUUCAGAGAAAUCUGUUCCCUAUAAACUGUACAGAACUGCUGGUCCAGAGUAUGCUAACUGGAGAAUCAUCCCUGAUGAGUCUAAGCUGGCGUACUGGAAGUGGUUUGUGUGUCGAUUUCAAAAUCAGCUGGAAGGGUACUAUAAGUACAAGUUCCAGGGAAGAGGAGAGAUUCCUAGUGAGUGGAAAAAAAUCCCUAAGGAUGAAGCUAUUAAAAGUCUGGAUGAAAUGUGUUAAAGCAUCAGAGAAACAAAACCCUUCAGUUUUGGUUUCACAUUGUAACUCAUUACUCAAAUGAGUAGAGUUUUUAGUGUCAUAAGUAAAAGUGCAGGGCUUUGUAGAGAUGACAGCAUUGCUACAGGGAAGCAGAAGUAGUGUCUGAGAUUAUACUGUUUUUUAAUGUGAUAAUGGCUUAACAUUUAAAAGUAACUAUUAUUAAUAUGUUCUUUUACAAUAAAUACUUUCUCUAUGGAUUAUACUGGAACAAAUAACUUGAUUUUACUUUUUUCUUUUCAGGUUCUUUUGUUCAGGUUGUUAUAGAUCAUGUAAAAUUAUAAUUCUUCAUUCCUUUUUUUGUCUUUCACAUA